AUGAUGACGACAAAUGAGACAAGUUUUUCGAUUGCAGCUAUUCUUGGUGAAAAACAACAAAAACCGAGGGAUAAUAUAACUGAUGCACUGUACAAUAUACCAUAUCAAACAUCAAUUGAUUUUGAACAUUUAACAAGUAAUAACGAUAAAAAUUUAUUUCAAAUUUUAAAUGAACAUCAACCAAAACGUAAACGACAUAAACAAAGUAAUUCACCAUUAAUUGCACCUGUGCCAACGCGACCAUUAAAUGAUUCAUCUUAUUUAUCACCUUCAUCAACACCAUCGUUCAAAGGACACCAUCAUCAUCAUCACAAUUCAAUACUAAAUAAUGCUAUUUAUAAUGCUGUUGCUACAUCAAUUUGUCGACCAUUAUUUAACGUUAAUGGUAGCGGUGAUAAUAAUUAUCAAAAUCAUCAAUAUUUAACCCAAACAGCGGCUUACUAUUCAUUUAACAAAAAUAAUUCAAAUGGCCAUGGUCAAAAUGUUUCUUAUUAUGGUAAAUCUCGUCGUCCUCGUACUGCAUUUACAUCUCAACAAUUGUUAGAGCUUGAAAAACAAUUUCGUGAAAAUAAAUAUUUAUCGAAACCGAAACGAUUUGAAGUUGCAACAUCAUUAAUGCUUACUGAAACACAGAUAAAAAUUUGGUUUCAAAAUCGUCGAAUGAAAUGGAAGAGAAAUAAAAAAAUACCCGAUGAUACGUUAUAUUCGCGAACAUCAAUAAAACAUAGACGACAAUCGGAUGACGAAUCAGUAAAAGAUUCACCAGUUACAACGAUAAGUACGACAAAUGAAUAUCUUUGA